AUGGAGGUGACUUUCAGCCCUGCCAAAGUGCGAGCGCCCGCCAGCUGGGUUUCUGGCACUGCAGACUUCUCUGGCAAUCCGCGCUCCCAUCAAACCGAGAGUACUCUCACAUCGCGGUCGAUCCAUCAGAGCACGAGAUGGCCUCAGGAUUCCGGAGGUGGAUCGGACCUCACCCGCGGGACUCCUUCGCUGCCGGUGCUGGUCCCGCGCGAGCUGGAGCCACUGGAACCACUGGAGCCACUGGAGCCACUGGAGCCGGUGACUGGGGUGUCGCCAGACCGCUCGCUGAGCCCCCGGAGCCCCCGGAGCCCCCGGAGCCGAAGCGGCCCCGCCUGGUGGUUGGACUUGGCGAAGCCAGGCGAGAUCCGAGAUCUGAGUAUGGCCAGCGAGCCCACGAGCUUUGAGCCGGUGGCAAGGCACUGGCCGGACACAUCGCGGGAGGUAGAGAAGCCGAGCCUCGACAUUGCCUGGCCAAAGACUCCGGUAAGCAGCCUGGAGCUUUGGGAGCACCGCGUGCGCCGCGCGGAUCAGCGUGUGGACGCGCUGCGGGCUGCGGUGAGGUCGAGCCCUGGCUCACCCUCCGCCUCGCACGCGGGCCCACAGUCGCCCCGGUCCCCGCGCAGCCCGCGCAGCCCCAGCCCCCGCAGCCCUCGCUCCCGCGGCGUCUCGCCGAGCCCAGCCUUCGGCACCAGCGAUCCCAUCAUCCCUGCGCUGAAGGUGGUCCAGAAGUACUCGGACUACUUCACCUCUUCCACAGCCUUCGCCCCGAGCCCCCGCGCAAAUCUUCCAGGCGAAGCCUCUAGUGGCUUGGGACCAAAGAGGACCAAGUUCCAGCACAAGGAUGGCAAGAUCGUAUACCCCCGGGCACGUCAUCAGAGCACCUGGCAAGCCGCCGGCUUUGAACCGGACGCCGCACCCUACACGGGUGGCCGCGAUGCGGCCGGCGGACGUGAGGGCUGGGGCAUGCUGAACCAGAAAGACGGCACCACCUAUGCCGGGCAGUGGGUGUCAGGAAGGCGCCACGGCGUGGGCACUUUGAUGUUCGAGGGCGGAAUCUUCGAGGGGCAGUGGGCCAGAGGAGAAGCCACGGGCAGUGGAGUUGUGCGCUUCAACAACGGCGACCGCUUCGAAGGGCAAUACGUCAGCAACCGCAAGCACGGCUUUGGCGCCUAUUCUUGGGCGGACGGCGCACGAGAGGAGGGCCAGUAUCGCAACGGGGAGAAGGCUGACUGGCACGUCUGGCGCAAAGGCGGCUCCAUGUGGAAGCUGCGAUGCUACGAUGGCGGUGUCGUGAUUGAAGCGCAGCAGGCCCGUGGAAAGAGCAAGGACCGCGGAACGGGAUCGUAUCCCAGAGCCAAGGAGCUCGCAAGGCCAAAGUUGAAGUCGCGCGCCAAAGCCCAACAGCCGUCUCAGAAAUCGAAGAGAGCAGUUGAGGACGGGCCUUCAUCAGCGAGUUCCAGCCGCAGCCCGUGCCAACACCAGCGGCCGCUCAGGACUGAAACCUGCCGAGGUUGGCCCGGAGGUGUGGAGGCCUACAGCCAGCGACGAAGUCGUGGGUUCAAUGCGCCCUUUGCACCGCGUGCUGGUCGACCGCCUCUACAAGCAAGCGGCUUUGCCGGUGGAAGCGCACGAGUCCUUUUGACCUGA